UGAAACCAUAUUCUUCGUUCUCUCUUGCUGAAGAGUGGGGAAGAGGAGGAAAGCUAUAUGGCAUACACAUACAUUUCAUGGCUCCUGUUGGGCCAAUUCCUCACGCUAGUCACAACUUCUGCAUCAAAAAUUCCGGCCAUAAUCGUGUUCGGAGACUCCUCGGUCGACGCCGGUAACAACAACCAGAUUUCCACAAUACUUAAGAGCAAUUUCCAGCCAUAUGGUCGUGAUUUUUUAGGUGGCAGGCCUACCGGACGGUUCUCUAAUGGCCGCAUUCCUCCGGACUUCAUCUCCGAGGCUUUUGGACUAAAGCCGGCUGUGCCGGCCUACUUGGAUCCGGCGUAUGGUAUAGCAGAUUUUGCUGUUGGUGUUUCCUUUGCUUCUGCUGGUACUGGCUAUGACAAUGCAACCUCUAAUGUGCUUUCUGUGAUACCCCUGUGGAAGGAAGUGGAGUACUACAAAGACUACCAGAACAAACUGAGAGCCUAUCUGGGUUACCAGAACGCCAACAGGAUAAUCAGAGAGGCACUCUAUCUAAUAAGCAUCGGAACAAAUGACUUCCUUGAGAACUACUAUACACUACCCAACCGGAGGUCUCAGUACAACGUUGAUCAGUACCAACAGUUCCUCGUCGGAAUUGCUGAGAAUUUUAUCAAGGAACUUUACAGUCUCGGCGCUCGGAAAAUAUCGUUAGGAGGCCUUAUUCCGAUGGGGUGUCUGCCAUUGGAGAGGACCUCAAAUUUUUUCACUGGGAAUGGAGGUGGGUGUAAGGAGAGUUAUAACAUGGUGGCUAUGAAUUUUAAUGGCAAGUUGAGUGGUUUGGUGAAGAAGCUCAACUAUGAGCUUCGUGGAGUGAAAGUGGUGUUUUCAAAUCCUUAUCCCAUUGUUAAACAGAUUAUUCGGAGGCCGUCUUUAUAUGGGUUCGAGGAAGUAGCAGUGGCAUGUUGUUCUUCAGGAUUGUUCGAGUUCGGUUACACUUGCAAUCAGUACAACCCACUUACAUGCGCAGAUGCAAAUAAAUAUGUGUUUUGGGACUCUUUCCAUCCUACGGAGAAAACAAGUCAGAUCGUCACUGAUCAUUUGCUCAAACGGGCCCUCCAUGUGUUCUUUUAAUUCGCAGCCAAGCAUAAUGUACAAUAUAGACGUGUAUGUGUGUAUUUUAUGUUUAUGAAAUAUGUGUAAUUGUUACGGGCACUGUCACGUGAUAUAACCGUCUAAUAAUAAUUUACUGAAUUGAAAAAGUGGAACCCAUUCAUUCAAAUAAUUAUCCCUCCAUGUUAAAAAUGUGAGGUUACAUUACCCACUUAUCUAUUUGACAUUAGACAGUUUGUCACGUGUUAUAUAUAAUCGUUAAAUUGAAUAUUUAUUUGUAAGUGCGGUUGCAAAAGUGUCCGGGUUGAAGUCAUCUGUAAUAUUUGUUGCUUUUCUCUAGUCGGAAUUCAGGGUUUACAACGUUGUUGAUUAUUUUGAAGCUAUUAUUUCUUGGGUUACUAUUAUUACUAGCGAGCGCUUCUCUCAUUUUAAUUUUUUUUUCUUGUCAAAUGAUGUGGCA